AUGAGCUCACUAAGUGGAGCGCUCUACGUGGCCAGAGUGCAGCAGGCAGCGACGGCGGCAGAUGCCGUUGCUGCAGUGCAGUCAGGCCUCGCGGAUGCCUCCGUCUUCUUCUACGGGACCCUCCUGAGUGCGCUUCAGACGUACAUGAGGCGGCACAACGCGACGGCAGUACCGGCGCACACUUCGGACACGAUCGCGUUGCUGAAGCUGCUUACCUUCAACACUGUGGUCGACGUCGAUGCGACGUCCGACGGUGUCAAGGCCCUCCUCGCCCAACAGCCGGAACUGAUGACAAAGUUAGAGCUACUUUCGUUUCUCACCUUAUGUAGCCAGCACGCACUGACACCCGACGGCAUGUGCCUCUCGUACGGUGAUGUUGAGCAGGCGCUUGGGGUUCAGGACACCGUGUCGGUGCAGCGCACGGUGUUGCAUGCGGUGCAGCAGCGACUGUGCGUGGCCCGGCUCAACGAACGAGAGCGGCAGGUGCGCGUGUACUCGUACGAGAGCCGCAACGUGAUGCCAGACGACAUGGCAAAGCUGAAGGAGCGCGUGGCGCAGUGGACCGCUUAUGCCGAGGCACACCUGCGUGAUAUCCAGGCAAGCUGA